AUUGUGAUAUUCAAGUGGCCGGUACAUUGUGUGAAAGGAGCAGUUGAGAUUUAACUAACAUUUUUAAAAGGAAUGUAAUUUUUAUUGAAUAAACUAAGCUUGAUGGAUAUGAAUCUAGCAAUUCUUUCUUUAAAUCAAGCUUGACAAGUGUAAACAGAGGUCUUACACUAUGAGUAUUUGUAUUGAUUUGCUGUUUAAGAAAGCUUGCUGAUCGCCAUCUCACAAAACCACUCUCAUUCAAUCAGAAACGUUAAAGUUUACGGUGUUAAAAUCAUUAUAAGAAACUGAUUUGACGAGCAGGCUCAUCUGAGGCUUCAGCUAACGUUCAGUCUACAUAACCUUAGUUCACUCUGUUGUGAUAUUGGAGGUGACCAGAUGCGAAAGGCAGUGUGUCAAUUUCAGAAGAGUUGAGCCAUGUAAUUUUCACAUCACUGUAACAUUACAUUUUGGCAAUAUUGACUUCCGCAGGAAGAUUUAAUUGAAGGAUAAUCAAAGGACUUAACGAUGGGUUAAGAGAUCAAAAGAUUUAAAUCUACAUCUACUGAACAUUUUUAAAAUAACAAUGUUGGAUUUGGUUAUGGUUUAUCUGGUGAUAUCUGCAUCACAUGCGGCGUAUCAAGGAUUACCAAACACUUCUAUUGUUAAUGAUGAAGAACGCCUUAUCAAAACAUUGAUGAAUGACUACGAUCCUAGAAUAAGACCAGUGAACGCAUCGAAGAGUCCAACAAUAGUCGCUCUGGGAUUAUCCAUCACAGAGAUAGUAGAACUUCAUGAAAAAGGUGAAAUACUCGAGACCACUGCCUAUGUUCGUCAAAUGUGGGAAGAUUCACGCUUGAAAUGGGAUCCAAAUCAAUUCUCAGGGACUAUGGCUGUCCAUCUACCAGCGUCAUCAGUGUGGAAGCCAGAUGUUGUGCUACUUAAUAACGUUGAUACAGAGGUAUCUAUGAAGGAACCAUUGAUAAUAUUGCUAGCUCAUGGAGCAGUAUUUUACAGUCCUCAACAUCGACUUCGAAGUCGGUGCGAAUUAGAUUUGUCUCGUUUCCCCUUUGAUUCCCAGACUUGCAUGAUCCGAUUUGGAUCAUGGACUUAUGAUACAACUCGUGUUAAUUUUACUCAUUUAGGAUCAAAGGACAAUAACAUUGAGUAUAGAGAUUUUCGAACAAACAAAGAAUGGUCUGUUCUAGAAUCUUAUGUUACAAAACUUGAAAAACAAUACGAUGGAGGUGGAGAAGAUAAAUACUCAAUAAUGGAAUACAAAUUUCACUUACAACGAAAUCCUGUGUAUUACACACAUAUGUUUAUAAUGCCUGCUGUAUUGGUGGCAGCUUUAGUGCCGUUUCAGUUUAUGCUUCCACCAGAGUCAAAAGAGAGAAUAACGCUAGGUUCUAUUCUUAUGUUAGGUUUGUUAUUGCUGUUGACGAUGUUACAGGACCUGCUCCCAGAAACACAUUCUACUGUGCCAACACUAGCAAGCUACUAUACCAUAACGGCGGUCUGGAUUGCAUUGUCAAUUCUGACGUCUAUUUGGACCAUAAAUAUCCAGUCUCGUGGGCCACGACGGCAAAAGGUUCCAGUAUUUAUACGACAUUUCUUCUUACGAGGCUUGAAAAGACUUGUUUGUCUCGGCGAUGACACCUAUUAUCCUUUGGAUGAAUCUGAGACGGUUUCCAUGCGAGGACUCGAUCGACCUCUUGACAGCAUGACGAAACCUGAUACCACGACCACACAAUCAAAGAUGGAAAAAGACAUCGAAGAAAUUUUACGUCACGUUCAUACAAUGGCUUUCAGGGCUACUGUCCUUGAAGCAAGACAGGAUGUUAGAAAUGAAUGGCACCAGGUGGCGUUAGUCAUCGAUCGUCUGUUGUGUUUUCUUUUCUUUAUAACAUUCCUUUUGUAUACAUUUGUUCUUUUAGGGUAAACGGGCAUAUGGUGUUAUGUUAUGUCUCAGACAUGACCAGGAUAAGCAAUGUAUGGUUAAUUGAUGAACUGAACGAAGAAUUAUUUUCGGUGGACCAUAGCAAGGGUACCAAAUUUGUUGUUUUUAAAUGUAUUUUUUUUCACUCUUCGUACAAAAUAAAUGUAUUUACAAGAAAACGUG